AAAAAACCUUUUAAGAAUAUUCUUAGAAAUUUAAAAUAUUUUCAAAGACGUAUCUAGUUAAUAAAAAUGUCUUUUAAAGAUGUAAGAGAUCUCUCGGAGCAUUUAAAAUUGCUUGGAUAUUCGAAUCAAUUUCCAUUACAAGCUCUCUAUAGCAAUUAUGGCAGCCUUAAUAGUUUUAAGGUAGUCGCAGAUAUUCUACAAUGGCUUGCUGGCAGAUUAGAACCGGGAACAGUACUUCCUGGUGGUACUGAAACUGAAUCAGAUCGUGUACUACUAAUACGUUCAGCUACAGAAUUUUUUGUAACAAAAUCAGCAAUUAAAUUAAAUCCAAGAAAAUUGUACGCAAGUUCAUCGGCAGCAGCAAAAGAACUUCAAAAAAUUACAAGCAUUUUGAUGCAAACACCAAAUGAAAAUGAUGAAAAUGAAGAUGAAAAUUAUAAAAGUUUAGCACUAGUUGAUUUAGGAGAUAAAAUUGACGAUUUAAGAAGAGCUCGUGAAUUAUCUUCUGAAUUAACAAAUGGUGGUGCUUCUCUAUAUGAUUUACUUUCAAAAGAGUUAAUUAAUAAGGAAACAAGAAUGUUGCAAUCAUCAAGAUCAAUGGAAAUUGCUACAGUUGAAAAAGCAUUAAAAAAUACAAUAACUGCUUUACAAAAUAAAUUGCAUUCAGCUAAAAGUCAAUUAGAACAAGCUAGAGUUGAAAAAAAUGCUCUAAAUUCAAAAUUGCAACGUAAAAAAGCUGAAUUAGAUAGAACAAAACAAAGACUAGAUGCAUUACAAAAAAUCCGACCAGCUUAUCUUGAAGAAUUUGAGCAGUUAGAAGAAGAACUUCGAGGUUUAUUUCAGCAAUAUUUCAUAAGAAUACAAUGUCGUGAUGCUUUAAGAGCUCAACUAGCGGCUCGUACAAAACUUACUACUCCAUUAUCAUCUCCUAUUUCAAAUAAACCAGCAGAAUCUUCAAUGAAUUUCAUUACUGAAGGUUUAAUAGAUGAUGAUGAUGAAAAUGAAGAUGAUAUUGAUAAUGAUGAUGAAAUUUUGGGACCUGGUAUACCAAGCGAAGAGUAUUCAAGAAAUAGAGACAAUAGUGUAACAACGGAUUCUCCAAGAAUUGUGGAAUCAAGAGAAGUACCACGUGUUCGACCAACAACUGGUCGAUUUAAACCAAGAACUGGUACAGAAGCUGGAAGAAGAAAUGUUGUUGGUAGUAUGUUAGGCGGAGAAGAUGAUGAUCCUUUGGAUAGUACAUUAGGAAGUGGAGAAUCGGAUAGCGAAAUAGAUUUAGGGGCACAUGGAUAUGACUUAGCGUCCGAUGACGAUAUAAGCUUGUCGAAGUUAACUGGAGAAAAUUUAAUAAUAAAUAAAAAGCAAAAUAAACUAUCAGAAAAUGCGAGUGAUGAAGAUUUUUAA